AUGACAUCCUUUACCGGCCCUUGGUCCACCGACCUCACCACCCUAAACAAAUCUAUCCAAUCCAUCCCCUCCAAAUACAAGUCCGCCUUCACAGCAACCUCGCAGGCCACCCUGUCCGCCAUAAACGCCCCCACCUCGUUGCACAUCUGGGAGUCUUCUUCUGACCUCGAUGCGCUCCUGCAGUUAACUUCCACCAUCGCCAGCCUCUGCGACUUAGGCGUGCGUUCACAAAAGGAUGGCACUGCCAACGCCAACACCGCAGGCGGCAUGAUAAUCCUCGCCGACGAGAAAAGCAUUGGUGGCGGCGUGCACAACUUCCAGCGUAUCUGCGAGUUAGUCGGCUAUCUGACGUGUGUGUCCGGGAAGAAGCAUUUGGAAGGCACAGUGGCGGUGUAUGGAAAAGUGGUUGUGGUGAGGGGAUGGGAUAGUAGUAUUUGCGAGGGACAAGCUGAAGCGAUGGAGCGGUGCGUGAAGAGGGUGAAUACAGCUGUGGAGCGGGUUUUGAAGAUGGGCAAGUUUGGUGAGAGAAAAGAGAAGGCGAAGAUUGUCUGGCACCAAGGUCCAGUGAUAUGGUUCCUACUCCAAUGGAUCAACAACACAACAUCCUCAUUACGAAACUCGCUAUCGGCCAUCACAGUAACGGAUGCACUGGAUCUUACCGCUUCGAUCAAGCCGUCUGUGCCUGGACGUGCGAACACGCUACCGCAUGUCGAGCGCCUGGAGCAAUAUGCGAAGAAACUGGGUAUUCCAGUGGUUUUCCUGGACACCGGGUCGCAGGAAAUUACACUUGAGUACCUGGGUACUUAUAUGUUCUUCUUCGCUUACUACAUCAAUACAUUCCUGCCUAGGGAGCUGCUGCGACCACAUCUGCAUAAGGCGCAGGAUGAGCUUGUUACCUUUGCUUUUAGGCUCAGGGCUGCGAGUGAGAACGUGUACGGGGAGCAGGCAGUCAAGAUGGUGAAGAAGCAUCUUGAUGCGGGUACUGCGAAGCAGUGGGCGAGCAGGUGUGUGGAUAAGACGAAUUAUGAAAAGGGCAGGUGUAGGGCGGCGGGCGAAGACGAGGCGAUUCAUCAUACGGUUCAAUUGGCAGAUAGUCCAUUUGCCCUUCUGUCGUCGAGGGUGGGUAUCCCAGCUUUUGCCAGAUUGGCUGUUGGACCAGCGUCGGCGGGGGCACAGGAGUGGUAUACGGCUGCUCCUGUAAGCAUUGGCUUUGCUAAAGCCCAGAUUCGGCCAUCGUGUCCGGCAACUUUUCAUAUUUUGGUUCCAAAGCACGGUCAGGAUCUGGAGAAGGUUACCAAUCGCGUCCAGGGUCUCAUGAUGGCAGUCCUCGAGCGUGUGCGUCAGGAAAAAGGCAACCCGGUUUUGGGAGAUGCGGAAAAGAGCAUGUGGAAAGCAGUGGUCAAGGCGUGCGAGUGGGCUAUCGACGGCAGCGAGGGCAAGAUGCCGAGCGAUGUGGCUAAGAAAGUCAAGUUUGUGAAGCAGAAACUCAAGGAAGGGACAUGGGGAUGUGCUUUGGAGCUUCCUGAGGAUGCAAAGACUACGGUUGCUACGACUCCUGCGCUGAUGCCGGAAACUAAUCGUACUUAUGGGUUUGGUAUGGGUACGCAGCAGACGAUGGGUGCGCCUGCAUCUGCGCCGUCUUUGCCAGGACCUCCUCAGAACAUACAACACCAGAUGCCACCUCCGAUGCCGCAGAACAUGCCACCCCAAAUGCCUCCUCAGAACAUGCAACACCAGAUGCCACCUCCGAUGCCGCAGCAGAUACCACAGCAGGGCGCGCAAUAUACGGGACAGGUGCCAAUGGUGUCAGAUCAGAUGCCACAGCAGGGCCAAUAUGCUCCUGCCCCAGUCCAGAGCAUGAGUAUGGGACAAGGACAAGGACGGGAGUACGUGCCAAACCCGAUGACAAGUGGAGGAUACCAACAGAGUAUGGGAGGCCCUUGGAGGUAG